GGAGGGAGGACUCUGGGGGGAGCAUGCAGGCCGGCAGGGGGCCAAACACGGUGACACAAAGCGGUCAUCGCGACUCCGACUCGCAUCUGCGCGAACGUUGCGGACUCUGUCUGCAGCCUCAGCUACGGGGCCCUCACCCACGCUUGCAGCGGGCUCUCUCCUGCUUUUCUAUCCCCACCAUGGCUGUCUUCGGCCUCUUCUCCAAGCGCGACAAGCAUAAGGCCAGCAUCGACGCGUCUGCCUCCGACACCCAGUCCGUCAACACCGACUUCGCCUCUACCUCGGGCCAGCCAACUCCCCGCAACGGACACGCUCUGUACGGCGGCCCCGUCGGUGCAUCGUCGAGCAAACUCAUGUUGGGCUUCGGAGGCAAAAAGAGCAAGCCAUCGCAGCAGACCGAUGACAAUGGCUACUUACGCCCCCCACCGUCCGUCCUCCCGAAACUUCGCCUCUCCAGCUCCAAGUCAGAGUCAGGACAUGAGUCGUUGGGGCCUCCGCCUUCAAGGUCAGAUCUGUUCGCCUCGUACGGAGGGGCUAACGUUGCACGGUCUACUCAAUCGCUACCCACUACCACGACUGCUGAGCCUGGGAGCUCGCGCCAGGGCCUGGACAAUGCGGGUCGCAUUUCAUCGACGCCUGAUGUGAAGAAGCCCAAAGGGAUGUUUUCUUGGGCACAUCGCGAGCGCAAAAAGUCAAAGCCUCCUCCGCCGGAUGCUUCACUCGUUAGCCCAGAUGAGUCCUUCAACCUGAAGUCGUUCCGGCACGUUCGCCCUGCCUCGCCAAGUCCUACGGAUCUGGCUCCGCGUCCACCAUCAUCACUUUCUACCUCAGGUCUCACCCCGCCUUUAGCAUCCACGGAUUCAUCACAACGAAUAUCGGUGGCUGCCUUCCGCGAAAUGGCGGCGCGGCGCAGUGCUGCAAAUUCUCCCUCACCAUCCUCUGUAGAUCUUCGUGGGGACGGAUCACCUUUCCUCCGUCCUCCGUCGUCUUUCACGCAGGGUAUGGCAUCGCCAUCACCACCACCGCCUUCUUUCCGUCGUCCCAAACCAACAUCGCCGACGUCAGACUCAACCUCAUCAGAGUCAGAGUCGGACGAGGACGGCGACUCUGCGGGCUCGUCGACGCUGCGUCCGAAACGCCGUGGGCCGACGGGCACCAUCACGCCACGCUCAGCUGGCAAGAGCGCAUCCGAGCUGGGCCAAGUCGCGAAGCCCACCCCACCUCGGAUGAGAGCAUCACCUUCCGCACAGAGCAACGCUAGCGAUCGUGGCAGUCUAUACAACCGUGCUCGUGCGUCGCAAUCGACGUCCGCGCUGAUGCCAAAUGCGGCCGCCCAGCGAGCUUCUGCGAUGCACGCCGCCCAGAACGCGAACAGCAACGACGGUGGCGUGGCGCGUAAAGUGCCGUCUAAAGUGGUUGACAGCGACAGCGACUCGACGUCCGAUUCGGACUCUGAUACAGACUCGGACGAUGCGCCGCUCGCGAGCAGGGUUCUCGGCCACAGGCGGACGGGAAGCGGUACGUCAACUGCCACUGCGGCGACAAACGUGUCCCGCGCGCGCAUGUUGCCCAAGCCUCUCAUUGACAUCUCAGGACUGGCCCCGCCGAGUCUACCGCCUUUGGAAACGGACAAGUCGCCCCUUUCGCUCCCAAGGCCCGCUUCCCAGGAGCCGAAGGAGGAAAGCGACAAGGAGAAUGCCAAGGUGACCGAGACGCAAGAAGCACCGAAAGACCCGGAGAGAGAGAAGGCGUCUCCUUCGUCUUCUGCUGCUGCGAAGCCGAGUCUGAAUGACCGCCUAGCGCGACUAGCAGCGAGCGUCUCUAAUGGUCGUUCAAAUACUCUUGCGAACCCUGAUGAGGCAGAGAAGGCUAACGCUGACCGAGGACGCUCACCAGGUCCUCUUGUACAGCCUACGCGCAGUCAGACCCUACCAGUCGAGGCUAUCGUCACAAACACGUCGCCCUGUUCUUCUUUGCCCAUGCCUUCGUCCUCCCCCACGAAGACCAAGCCGAAUGGCCGAUCGUACUCCACUUCGAACGCAUACGAGAUUCAGGACCUCUCCGACCCGAAGCCUAUCGUUCCCACUCCAAUCCGCGAACGCUCUCCCCCUCCUGCGUUCAGCGUGACAUCCCGCCCGGCCUCGCAGAUGAGCCUGGCAUCCCACGUUCAUUUUGUCACUUCCUGGCCAUCGAACAGUCCUCCACUCACGACAGCACAAGCAAGGUUGACGCUAGGGCGCACACCUUCACCAGCAACCAUCACAUCUCAAUCUCCCACAGAGAUGCGGUCUCCAAUAGACCUGCAACCCCGCCCCGAGUCCCGGCCUCGAUCCGAGUCGCGCACGAAUUCCUCGCCCUCCAUUUUGCAGAAGCCACUUAUCCCCGAUCACGGCUUGCCGCCCUCGAAGGGGUUCACAGGCAGCGGACUGCUCGCAAGCACAGGCGCCGCCACAGAGGCGGGGCGCGCCUCGCCCGCGUCCGCGUCGUCGAAUUCCACUGCUCCAUCUCGCGCCCGCCACAAUCAAGAGCCGACAGCCGCGCCAAAGCCUGUGCGCCCGCGGCAGUUCGUCCCGCCCGUAUCGACGUCGUCAGAGUCCUCCCAGACGAGCGCGUCUACGUCUGCGUCGUCCCCGAGGGUGGCUGCCCCACCCGCGAUCUCGACUGCACAGCAGCGCGCCCGUGCGCGGACGAUGGAGGCAUCGAGGGAUGGUGUUGGGAACGUAAGCCCGGGCACGCUGGCGAGUAUGCCGCCUGUGAGGCCGUUUGCGGGGGGUGUCCGUGGCUAUAGCCCUGCGAGCUCGACGGGCGAGUCGAGCAGCGGCCGGACACCGAUCACGCCGCAGGAUGGGAGCGAGCUGAGCUUCUCGACGCGGGAGCGGGCGAGGGAGAAGGAGAGGCCGCAGGGCACGGGGCCUGGUGCGAGUGCGGCGGCGGCGCGGAGAGGGCAUCGGAAGAGCUCGAGUUUGACUUUUGCGGAGCUGGAGGGCCAGAGGGGACGGGCGGGCCUUGCCGACCGUGAGCGUGAAACGAAGGAGAAGGAGAGGGAGAAGAGUGCGGAAGAUGCGAAUGCGGAGAGCAGGCGAAGACAGCGGAGACGGAGCGAGGCGAAGGCUGCUUUGGAGCUCGGGAAAAUCGUCAACGGUCGACCUCCUACCGACGAUGAUGACGAUGAGGACCGUCCGUUGGACAACAUGCCUCCGCGGAUGAGCAUGAUGAAUAACAUGACAGGUGUCUCCCCGACAGGCCAUAUGAACAUGAACAUGAACAUGAUGUCCUCCCCGAUGCCUUGGACAAACCAGCCAAGCGGCAUGAUGUCACCACAGCCAUUCAUGUUCCCGCCCGUCCCGCCAAACGCAGACCCGACGUUCCUCGCAGCUCACCAGCAAGCGAUGAUGUUCGCAAAGCAGGCGUACCAGAUGGCGGUCGCGCAGCAGGCGAUGGCCGCCGCUGAGGAAGAGUGGGAGCGCGGAUCGACCGGCGCGACGAGCAUGCUUAAUGGCGGCGGUGGGCAUACAAGCACCGCGCAGUCGAUGUACGCGGGGAGCGUCGCCGGGAGCGAGCUCGGUGUGGGCGGGCGUGGGCAAGGCUGGGGCUCGCGCAGCGCGUAUGGCGACCCGUCCGCGGGCGAGCGCACGUCGACGUUCCGCGGGUCGACGUACGGCGUACAGCCGCCGGGCAUGCCGCCGCGGACGGUGAGCUCGGGCAGCGUACAGACCACACCACAGCGCCCGGGGCCAAGACCGAGGACGAGGACGGACCCGUCAGUGCCUGUGAGGAGCGGGAAACGGGAGCCUGUGCCCCCGCCGCUGCCGCCGUCGAGUUGGAAGUCGGCUGCGCGCCAGGCAUAGCGCGUGCGUUGGUUCUCUUCAUAUUACCAUUUUGAUUCAUUCUUUGGGUUGCUCCGCAUCCCGGGUGCAGGGCAGGGACGACGGCUCUGUGGCUCGGGCUAGAUCAGGGACUCUGGGUUCAAUAUUUGGUCUCUGCAUUCACCAUCAUCCAUCGGUCAAGUGUCUCCAUACAACGCCUCUCUCGCUCUUUCAGUGUCGUAAGAUAUGAUCUACAUCGCUCUCUCCUUGUCGACUUUUUAUCGCAUGCAACUCACGCU